AUGGCGUUUCUACGCCAGACGUGGACGCUUACCGUGAAGAACUGGAAGAUCAUCCUUCGUCACGCUGUCGCUGCUGUCUUUAUCGCCUUCAUCCUGCCCUUGGCUCUGACGACCUUCUUCAGCUUUGCAAAGAACCUAUUCGUGCCGCCGGCCGUUUACGGCAUCUCAGACCCGAGAACAGUUCGAUCCCUCCCGGAUGCCCUCGACGCUGCUGCAGGUUCCGGUAGGGAGACCGUCGUCUUUGUGAACAACGGCUUUUCCGGAGGCGACAUUGACAGCGUCAUCGACGUCCUGGCAAACUCUGUCGAGAGCGCCGGCAAGACGGCCCUCCGCCGCUCAUCCGUUACCGAUCUUGGUAUCGAUUGCCCUACCAACCUCCGCGGUGUCUCUCAGUGUUACGGAGCCGUUGUAUUUCAGGCCUCUCCAUCGGAGGGUCCAGGCGAUUACUGGAACUACACCCUCCGCAGUGACGGCGCUCUGCGGAGUAUCGUUGUUGAUGUCGAUUCCGACCGAAAUGAUGCCCAGAUCUAUUUGUUGCCGCUGCAGAGGGCCGUCGACGUCGCCAUCGCGUCCAUUCAGUCUGCUUCAUCGUCGGCGUCCGCAUCAUCGCCCAUAGAACAGGGCCCCCUCCCAGAGGCCGUCAACGAAUACCCCUUCACGUCCAUCACCCAGGAAGAGCGUGCUGUAAGGAUCCGCAUCAACUAUCAGAGCGCCAUCACGAACUGGAUGGGCGUGGCGUUCAUGACUAGUGUUCUUUUUGUCACAUACCACCUCACCGGGUUUAUCGCCACUGAGCGCGAGAGCGGCAUGAUUCGUCUGGUGGAUGCAAUGAUGCCUGUCAAACGCACAUGGCACGCACAGGCUGCCCGUAUCAUCUCAUACCACAUCUCAUUCAGUCUCAUCUACAUCCCCGGCUGGGUUAUCGGAUCAUUGGUGUUACGCGCUGGUGUUUUCGCCCGAACCGGCGUUGGGAUCGUAUUGAUAUAUCAUCUACUCAGCGGUAUAGCCAUGGUGUCCCUCUCCAUCCUGGCGUCGUCGCUCUUCAAGAAGGCUCAGAUCAGUGGCAUUGCCGCCGUACUCGCUAUCAUACUCCUCGGAAUUCUUGCACAGUCCAUCUCCUACCCAAGCACUGCCACCGUAGGCGUGCUUGGUUUUCUGUUUACGCCUUGCAACUACGUCUACUUCAUCACUUACAUGGCGAGAUGGGAGCGAGAGGAUUUGCCAACUAAUCUGGCCAAGGUUGCCCCAGACAGUCCAUGGCAACUUUCCGGUAUCGUCCUCUGGGUAUUCUUGAUUGUCCAGAUUUUUGCCUAUCCUUUGGUCGGAGCUUUGAUUGAGUCUUGUCUUCAUGGCACUACUACCAAAGGCAGGAAAAUAGUCUUCAACUCGAGCGAGUCCCAGGAUGGCGAGGCCCGUCCAGACAACGACGACGCCGCUGUGCGCUUGCAAGGUUUUACCAAAGUUUACAGCCCCUCGCGAGUCCGCCGUCUUUUUUCCUUCAUCUCGCACCCUCGCGAUCCCGUUCGUGCCGUCGACAAUCUGACUUUGGACGUUCGUAGAGGACAGAUCCUGUGUCUAUUGGGCGCAAAUGGCUCUGGGAAGUCUACAACGCUAGAUUCGAUUGCUGGCACAAGCAAACUUACGAGCGGUACCAUCACCAUUGACGGCACUGGCGGUCUCGGAAUUGCGCCCCAGAAAAACGUUAUGUGGGACGACUUGACGGUUGAACAACACAUCGAGAUUUUCAACAGGCUCAAGAGCCCGGGACAAGCUGCUUCUAAGCAGGAGAUUUGUGACCUCAUUCGGUCUGUUGACUUGGAGCUGAAAAGAAAGGCCAUGUCAAAAACGUUGUCGGGAGGCCAAAAACGCAAGUUACAGUUGGGUAUGAUGCUCACAGGAGGAAGUGCCGUUUGCUGCGUUGAUGAAGUCAGCAGUGGCAUCGAUCCUCUCUCUCGACGCAAACUCUGGGACAUCCUCCUGGCCGAAAGAGGCCGAAGAACCAUAAUCCUAACAACGCAUUUUCUGGACGAAGCCGAUCUCCUUGCCGACCACAUCGCCGUGUUGUCUAAGGGCACUCUCCGUGCCGACGGCUCCUCGGUCGAGCUGAAAGACCGCCUCGGUGGUGGGUACAGAGUACACGUGCACAAAGACACGGGAAUCAAGAACGCUCCGGAUGUGGAUGGGGUUCAGAAGAAGAUUUCAUUUGAUCUCAUUAGCUACAUUUCGCCGUCUUCGACACUGGCCGCUCAGGUAAUCCGCACUCUCGAGGCAUCUGGAAUUCGCGAAUAUCGGUUUUCGGGACCGACCAUUGAGGAUGUGUUUCUACAGUUGGCCGAAGAAAUCCGUGGAGAAUCAGGCGACGUCAUUGCCGACUCUGGGUCGGACCUACAUGAGAAGAGAGCGAUCUCGGCCGCAUCGGCCGAAGCCCUUCCCGCUGGCGUUGUGCCCCAUGGUGGGCUGCAGCUGCUUGAUGGCAAGCAAACCGGCUUUAUGACACAGGCAAUCGUCCUCUUCCGGAAGCGAAUCACCAUUCUGAAGACCAACUGGAUUCCAUACCUAGCCGCAUUUGCUCUGCCCGUGGCAGCUGCUGGUCUCGUCACCCUAUUCAUCCAAGAUCAAGCGAAAGGCGGGUGUACGCCUUCCGAAGAGCGUUCGCUCGAUCAGGCAGAAGGGAUCAGUCUCACAGAGUUCGCCUGGAAACUUGUGCUUGGCCCGACCUCGAGAUUCGAUCUCAACACUGCCGCUAGCGUCCUUCUCCCUGUGUUCAACAUCGCCGCCGGUGGCUCCGGCGCCAACUCUGGCUCCGAGGUCGCAGCUCGGAUUCUCACAGAGAACGCUACCUUUGCAGAUAGUUUCCAGGCCUUUCAAGACACCAUCUUCGACCGGCGGCUAGAGACUUUGCCAGGCGGUAUCUGGCUAGGCGAUGAGUCGACGGUACCAACCAUCGCAUACAUGGCCAACUACAAUGGUCUCAUCAACCCGCUGCUCACCCAAAACAUCUUUAACAUGCUCCUGAGCAAUGUCACAGUAAUGAUGUCCUGGGCGCCUUUCGCUACGCCCUUUGCUAGUUCGGAUGGAGACGGCCUGCAGUUCAUCGUUUACAGCGGCAUUGCCCUUGCAUGCUACCCAGGCUUCUUCGCACUAUACCCCAGCCUCGAGCGCCGGCAAGGGGUGCGCGGGCUCCAGUACAGCAACGGUGUCCGUGUUUUGCCUCUAUGGUCGUCAUAUCUCGCUUUCGAUUCCCUGAUUGUACUUGCGUCCACGGCUCUUGUCACCAUCCUCUGGGCCGCCCUGUCGUCCAUCUGGUAUCAUAUUGGCUUCAUCUUCGUCGUGUUCUUGCUCUACGGGCUGACUGCGAUCCUGCUGGCGUACGUAAUAUCACUCGUCUGCAAGACAGCGUUGUCCACGUAUGCCUGGGUCGCGGCCGGACAAGCAGUCAUGUUCCUGAUCUAUCUGAUCGCAUAUAUGUGCACCGUAACGUUCUCGCCCGUUCCGCGCAUCGACGACAACAUCCUUGUCGUUCACUUCGUCAUCUCGGCUGUCGCGCCUAUUGGUUCAGUUGUGCGCGCCAUGUUCCUGGCCUUGAACCUCUUCUCGACGGCUUGCGAUGGGCGUCAGCUCGCAUCAAACCCGGGUGGCAUUCUACAAUAUGGGGGUCCCAUCCUGUACCUGCUCCUGCAGUCUCUCGGCUUGUUUGGCGUUCUACUGUGGGCUGACAGUGGCUCCGUUGGAUCUUCAGUCCGGCGACUUUGGCAGCGGCGUUACCAAGAAGAAUCGGAGGACGCAGAGGUGUCUGAUGAGGAAGUCGCCAACGAGGUGGCAAGAGUCACUACACAGAGCGGCGACGACGGCUUACGGGUUAUGCAUCUAACCAAAACAUUCGGGAAGAACACGGCUGUCGACAAUGUGAGCUUUGGGAUUCAGAGGUCUCAGGUGUUUGCGCUUCUCGGGCCCAAUGGAGCUGGCAAGUCGACUACCAUUUCUCUCAUCCGCGGUGACAUCAAGCCCAGUCGGAACGGCGGCGACAUUCUCAUCGAGGACAAGUCCGUCAUCCAUGAUCUGCCCGCUGCCCGAGCAAAUCUUGGCGUGUGUCCCCAGCACGACGCGAUGGAUCUGAUGACGGUUCGCGAGCACCUCGAGUUCUACGCUCGUGUCCGUGGAAUUCCUGAUAUUGACCACAACGUCAACGCCGUAAUUCACGCGGUCGGUUUGCAGGCGUUCUCGACCCGAAUGGCGCAUGCUCUCUCCGGGGGUAACAAGCGCAAACUGAGUCUCGGCAUUGCUUUGAUGGGCAAUCCAAAGGUUCUCAUCCUUGAUGAGCCGUCUUCGGGCCUGGACGCAGCCGCCAAGCGAAUCAUGUGGAAGACGUUGGCCGCCACGGUUAAGGGCCGAUCCCUCUUGCUGACGACGCACAGUAUGGAAGAGGCUGACGCACUCGCAAGUCGCGCCGGUAUCCUUGCCCGGCGCAUGCUUGCUGUCGGCACUACGGACGACCUCCGUCACCGUUUUGGCGACGCCCUUUAUGUUCAUCUGAUAAGCAAGACAGCCCCUCAUACGACCCCCGAAGAAACUGAACAUCUCCGCCAAUGGGUCACGACCACUUUUCCCGGAGCCGAUGUAGAGGAGAAGACAUACCACGGCCAGAUGCGCUUUUCCAUACCUGGAAAGGACGUUCUCGGGGUUUUUGGUGGCGACAAGCUCCAGGAUAUUACACCAGCAGACAAUAUCUCAUCCAGUGCGGUUGGCCAGCUGGCUGUGAUGUUGGAGGAGCAGAGGGAGAAUCUGGGCAUAAACCAUUUCAGCGUUUCGCCGACGACCCUAGAUCAGGUCUUCCUCGCCAUUGUCGGGAAGCACAACGUCCAAGAGGAGGGAUAUAAGGCCCCCGACAAGAAGCCCUGGUGGCGAUUCGGCGUAUGA